AUGGCAAUGGGGGUCAUGAGUUUGCUAUGCGCAUUCCUGGCCGUCCUGACUACUGCGACUGCGAUCGUGGCCGGUAGCGACGAGGCUGCGUUGCUUGCUUUCAAAGCGCAGGUCAGCGAUGGCGGCUCGCUGGCCUCCUGGAAUAGCAGCGCCAGCUUCUGCAGCUGGGAAGGUGUGACAUGCAGCCACCGAAGGCCAGCGCGGGUGGUGGCGCUGAGAUUGAACAACAAGGCGCUCGCCGGAGAACUCUCCCCGGCCAUCGGGAACCUCACGUUCCUGCGGACGCUCAACCUGAGCUUCAACUGGUUCCACGGGGAGAUACCAGCGAGCCUUGGCCGCCUCCGCCGCCUGCAUAGGCUCGACUUGGGCGACAACUCCUUCUCUGGCACAUUACCAGUGAACCUGAGCUCAUGUGUCAGCAUGGCCAUAAUGGGACUGCUAAACAACAGGCUUGGCGGGCGCAUCCCGGCUGAGCUCGGCGAGAAGCUCACGUCCCUGGUAAGGAUAUCACUGAGUAACAACAGCUUCACAGGGCUCAUCCCUCCAUCACUGGCCAACCUGUCCCGUUUGGAAAUCCUCGAUCUCUCACGCAACCAGCUCGUGGGCUCAAUCCCACCAGGGCUCGGAAGCAUCCGCGGCAUGCAACAGUUCAGUAUCGCCAGAAACCUCAUCAAUGGUACGAUUCCAACUUCUCUCUACAAUUGGUCGUCGCUAGAACUAUUUGAUGUAGGGACAAAUAUGUUGUAUGGCAUUCUGGAUGAUUUCGGAAACAAGUUCCCCAAGUUGGAAUAUCUUGGCUUGCCUGGUAAUCACUUCACUGGAACAAUCCCGUCCUCAAUAUCCAACAUAUCGUCCCUCAUAUCGGUUGGCUUUGAUAGCAACAGAUUUAGUGGGUACUUUCCUCCCACAUUUGGGAAGCUGGGAGCACUUCAAUACUUGAACUUGAAUAACAAUAAGCUUGAAGCGAAUGACAACAAGGGGUGGGAAUUCAUCGCGUCUUUGGCAAACUGCAGCCAACUGCAGCUAUUGGGGCUCGGCGUCAAUUCUUUUGAAGGACAACUACCAGGUUCAAUUGUGAACCUGUCAACGACUCUCCAAUACUUGUACUUAGGUGACAAUAGGAUCUCUGGGAGUAUCCCUGCAGAUAUAGGCAAUUUGGUUGGUCUACAAACACUUGUGAUAGCUAACACGUCCAUGUCCGGAGUGAUUCCAAAGAGCAUUGGUAAGCUAGAGAACUUGAUCGAUCUAGCUUUGUACAACAAUAGCUUGUCUGGGCUCAUACCGCCAUCGCUAGGAAACCUUUCACAACUGAAUAAGCUUUAUGCACGUAACAGCAACUUGGAGGGACCAAUUCCGGCAAGCCUGGGGAAGUUGAAAAACCUCUUUGUACUUGAUCUAAAAAUGAAUUACCGUCUCAAUGGUUCAAUACCCAAAGAAAUUUUCAGAUUACCCAGCCUUUCUUGGUAUUUGGACUUGUCAUACAAUUCCCUUUCCGGACCCCUUCCUAAUGAAGUUGGUAGCUUGGCAAACCUUAACCUACUAGUUCUAUCAGGAAACCAGUUGUCUGGCAAGAUACCCGACAGUAUACAGAAUUGCAUGGUAUUGGAACAACUAUUCUUAGACAACAAUUCCUUUGAGGGAAACAUACCUCAGUCACUGACAAAUAUAAAGGGGCUCACUAUAUUGAACCUGACCAUGAAUAAGUUCUCUGGUAAUAUUCCUGAUGCCCUUGGCAAUAUUGGAAACCUGCAAGAGCUGUACGUAGCACACAACAACUUGUCAGGAUCAAUCCCAUUAGUUCUAAAGAAUUUGUCAUCAUUGUCUGAAUUGGAUAUAUCCUACAAUAAUUUGCAAGGCGAGGUGCCAAAUGAAGGUGUUUUCAGAAACAUCACUCACUUAGCGGUUGUUGGGAAUGUCAAUUUGUGUGGUGGUGCACCUCAACUUCAUUUGGCUCCAUGCCCCACAAGGGUCUUAAGCAAGAAGAGGAAAAAGAUGCCAAAGUCCCCUGUAAUUUCUCUAGCAGCAGUUGGAGCAAUCGUGUUCUCACUUUCGGUGAUUGUUCUUGUUUGGAGAUUUUGUAAGAAGCUCAAAUCAAGCCAGAAGACAGUAGCAAAAGAUUCAAUUGUUGAUGGCCAUUACAGAAGAAUCCCCUAUCCUGCAUUACUGAAAGGAACUAACGAAUUUUCAGAAGCCAACUUGCUUGGGAGAGGAAGUUAUGGUGCGGUUUAUAAGUGUGUUUUGGACAACGAAGAAAGAACAUUGGCUGUCAAGGUGUUUAACCUGGGUCAAUCUAGGUAUUCGAAGAGUUUUGAGGCUGAAUGUGAGGCUAUGAGAAGGAUACGACACCGUUGUCUCAUUAAGAUCAUUACUUCUUGUUCGAGCAUCAACCACCAAGGUCAAGAGUUCAAGGCAUUGGUUUUUGAAUUCAUGCCCAAUGGUAACUUGGAUAGCUGGCUUCAUCAAUCAUCUCAAGAUCCCACUACAAACAACACGCUCAGCCUUGCCCAGAGGUUCGAUAUUGCUAUCGAUAUUGUGGAUGCAGUAGAAUAUCUGCACAACUACUGCCAACCGUUGGUGAUCCAUUGUGAUCUUAAGCCAAGCAACAUUCUUCUUGCUGAAGACAUGAGCGCCCGAGUUGGAGACUUUGGCAUAUCAAGAAUCCUUCAAGAAAAUACAAGUGAGGGGAUGCAAAGUUCAUAUGGCUCAACUGGAAUUAGAGGUUCCAUAGGCUAUGUAGCUCCAGAGUAUGGAGAAGGCUCUGCAGCCUCUACAGCUGGUGAUAUUUAUAGCCUUGGCAUAUUGCUGCUUGAGAUGUUUACGGGAAGAAGCCCAAUAGAAGGCACGUUCGGAGAUUCAUUGGGUCUGCAUAAGUUUGUCGAGGACGCUCUUCCGGAUAGAACCUUGGAGAUAGCUGACCCGACAAUGUGGUUGCACAGCGGACAACACAAUAACACUACAAGUAUUAGAAUUCAGGAGUUAUUGGUUUCAGUCUUGAGCCUUGGCAUAUCCUGCUCAAAGCAACAACCUCGUGACCGACCACUGACAAGUGAUGCAACAGCGGAGAUGCAUGCAAUCAGAGAUGCAUAUCUCAAGUUCAUAGGGAAGCAUGGAGCAGAACGAGAAGCCUCGACUCAAGAAAUUCAGAGCAGCAUUGCAUAA